AUGGUUAAGAUCACUUUCAAGACCGUACAAAACAAGCUGUUCACCGUAGAAGCUGAGGGUUCAGAGACUGUCGGAGAUCUUAAAAAGAAGAUUCAAGAAACACAGACCUUCCCUACUGAAAAUCAGAAGCUUAUUUACUCAGGUAAAAUCCUCAAUGAUGCUGCUACUGUUGAAUCAUUAAAGAUCAAAGAAAAGGAUUUCUUAGUGGUUAUGGUAUCAAAGCCUAAAGCUGCACCUGCCGCUGUCGCAUCAACAUCAACUCCUGCCCCUGCCCCUGCUCCCUCCACUUCCGCUCCUGCGCCUGUCGCUGAAACCCCUGCGGCUGCUCCUGCAUCUACCGAGUCUGCUCCUGUACCAACGGAAGCCCCUUCCGCUCCUGCAUCUACCGAGUCAUCGUCAGCUGUAGAAUCAGGUUUAGGCGGAUCAUUCGUCACCGGAUCAGCACUCCAAGCUGCAAUUGAAGGCAUGGUAGAAAUGGGUUUCGAGCGUGAUUUGGUGGUCAGAGCGUUAAGAGCAAGUUUCAAUAAUCCUGAUAGAGCAGUAGAAUACCUUAUGAGUGGAGAUAUACCUCAAGUAGAAGGAAUGGGUCAACCUGCACCAGCUCCUGCUGCCCCAUCUGCUCCUGCUCCUUCCGCCGCUACUCCCAUUGCCCAGCCUGCUCAACCGGCUCCUUCUGCUCCCGCAGCUCAACCGGCUCAACCGUCAGGUCCUGCUGGAAGUGCUGAGAACCUGUUCGCUGCUGCCGAAGCUGCUAUGAACCGUGAUCGAGGUGCUCCUGCCGGUCCUGCAGCCGGUGGACUCGGUGGACUUGGAGGCGCUCCUGGUGCUGGUGCAGGUGCCGGUGCAGGGGCUGCAGGUGGAUUAGCCAACGCACCUCAUUUGCAACAAAUCCGAGAGAUGGUACAACAAAAUCCAGCUUUGAUCCAACCCCUGCUUCAACAAAUCGCAGCAUCAAAUCCACAACUCGCACAAUUAAUCAAUGAAAACCCUCAAGCUCUUUAUGAGUUACUUGGAGCGGGUGGAGAAGGUGAUGAGGAAGAUGAUGGUUUUGGGGGACCUCAAGUGAUGCAAGUUAAUUUGACUCAAGAAGAAGCAGCAGCUGUUGAGAGACUCGAAGGUCUAGGGUUUGACAGACAAAUGGUCCUUCAAGCGUAUAUGCUUUGUGAUAAGAACGAAGAACUCGCUGCUAAUUUCUUAUUCGAACAAGGAGAAGAUGAUUAG